AUGGAAUCACUCUCCCAGAAAGAAUGGGGCGACACACAACUCUAUAAACAUGUGAAUGAGGGAGUGAGGCCGAGUGCACUGUGGAGCGGGUGCAAAGCCAAUGCUGAGGAUAUACUUAUUCCGGUAGCGAUGCGCCUUGCCCAAACGUUUGUGCAGGCAGAACGGAAACCAGAAGCUGUCAGGCUACUUCAGGCUCUCUGGGGCGGUGAGCCUCCAUUUAUGUAUGGCACUAUCUGGGACGGCGAGCCUCCCCCUCCAACGCUGUUCCCUCUGGGGAACCAAUUGAUGGGCCUACUUGGCCAAGAGGAUAGACACUUCUCGUCACUGCAGAAGUCAACUGCUGGGAUGAAGCGAGAAUUUCGUGAUUUGCCGGUGGUGAAAAUUGGGCAGCAAAAUUUCUAUGAAGUUGAAGAUCUUACUUAG